CACACAGAAAUUGGUUGCUCUCUGUUUUAAUCUCUUCUCUUCCAUAGACAUAUUUUUGUUGCUUGUCUUCUGUCUUAGCAUCCAUGGGAGAGCAUUCAAGACCAAACCCCAAUGGUUUUAUUAGCUCACUAGGAUUCGCAAACGUAUGCAAAUCCUUCCUCUCCAAAUGCUGCACAGAGAAGCAACCCCUUUUCUCCAACAACACACCAAACAAUCCUAUACAUUUUUCCAAGAUUAUCAGAUCAAACACCAAGAAACGUAAACCAUGGAGAGAAGGAGAUCAUAAGCGACGUGACAGAUUCAAACGAGGGAGCAAUCACGACGACAACCGAGCUACAAGAUCUCCUCGAUGGGGCUGUGGCACAGGCUUGUCCCGGCUGUCGAGCGGGCAAGCUAAAGGGCCCUUUUCAAGGAGCUUGAGCCAUAAAGAAUCAUUCAGGGGUGCUGGUGCUGGUGCUCGCACCGGCUGCUUGACCCACACGAUUUCGAGAAGCGCUAGCAGGGGGGUCGCAACCCCCAUCAUUUUCUCAAGCUCGAGUGGGCUGAUCAAGCCGGCAGCAAUGAAGAAGCACCUCGAGUGCACCCUCGAGGAGCUCUGCUUCGGUUGUGUCAAGAAGGUCGCCAUCACAAGAGACACCGUCAAUGGCAACGGGCAAAUAGUGGAGGAAGAUGAGACGGUGACGAUCAAGGUGGAGCCAGGAUGGAGGAGAGGUACCAAGAUCACGUUCGAGGGGAAGGGGAACCAGAUGCCGGGCACAACAGCUGCAGAUCUAGUGUUCGUGAUAGCAGAGAAAGAGCACCCCUUGUUCAAGACACAAGAGGAUGAUCUAAAAAUGGGAGCUGAGAUCAUGUUGGUUGAUGCUCUAACGGGGUGCACGCUUCCCCUCCCGUUGCUGGGAGGCGAGACGACCAGCCUCGGGAUAGAGGACGUCGUGCACACCGGCUACGUGAGGACCUUACAAGGACAAGGCAUGCCAAAGCAACACGAGCCCGGGACAAGAGGGGACUUGAUCGUCAACGUUUCGGUCAAGUUCCCAGAGACAUUGACACAAGAGCAGCGAUCUACUGCUGCUGCUAUUUUGCAACAGGCUUGUUAAUCUACCUCUUCUUCCUUUUUCUAUACAGGUGCAGAUAUUUGUACAAAACUAAAGCUGAUCGACUUCUAUUGUUUUGGUAUGGGUGAGUUGCUGCAAACUAAAGAUUCUAAUAAUAAAAAGCUAGUAACUCUUGUUUAAUUAAGAGCAA